AUGAAUGGAGGUGAAGAAGUACUGACCUUUUUGGAUCGAAAAUUGGAUGGUAAUGCUGAUGUAGAAGAGCUCGCAAGAGCUUGCAAAGUUGCUUGUUGGUGCAUUCAAGAUGAUGAGAAGGAUAGGCCAACUAUGGGGCAGGUAGUUAUGAUUCUAGAGGGAGUUUUAGAAGUGGGCUUGCAUCCAACCCCAAGGUUCCUUCAAGGAUUUGCAUUUGCAGAUAAUACAAUGGAAAACAUAGUCACCAAGAGAAUUUUUCUACCUCAACCCUACUUUCAUGAGUUGAUAUUAUCAUUUGAAUGA